UACCCCGUCACUCAAUGCCUCAGUGCCCCGCGAGACGUCAGAGGGGAGGACACGUGCCGCGCUCGCUCCGUCCCUCCCUUGCAAAAUUCUCGUUUUUAAGCUAAAAAUGGCGAAAUUUUACACCGAGCCUAUGGAAAUUACCGGCCCGUGACUCCGCCCCGCCCCGCGGGCCGCGCCCCGCCCCGCGAUGACGCUGGUGGCGCCCCGCCGCGGGGGCGCCGCCCACGUAAAGCGCCUGUCGCUGCCUGAGAUAGUGAGCCGCGAGGCAGGGCUGGACACCGCCCGCGCCCACGCCCGCGCCAGGAGCCGCAGCGUGUAUUGCGAGGCUCCGCCCCGCCCCGCCCCGGACCCCGCAACCACCCCCACCCCCGUGGUGGCCCCGCCAGUGCAGCAGCCACAGUGUGUGAGGACCCCCUUGGCUGUGCCUCGCCCCGCCACGCCGCCCCACCACGCCCCGCCAGGCCAGCAGGAUGUGCAGGGCGCGGGGCAGCACACAGGCCCCGCGGGGCAGAACGAACACAACGUCAGCCUCUCGGAGCCCCCGCCCCCACCACACCCCGUCCCCACGCCUCAAGAUGACACACAGGGGCGGCAGGACGCCCCGCCCCCUCCCCCCAAGGGCAGGAUGUAGCGGCGUGGGUGAGCCGCGGCCCCGCGGGGAACGUGAUCCAGCAGGGUGAC